AUGUCUUCUCUAUUUUAUCCCACUUCUUCAUUUUCUUCUUCAAUCGAAAAAAAUAAAUUUAAAAAUAAUAAAAAAAGAAAACUUCGAAAUGCUGCAUUUAUUUCUGUCGUAUUUUCAACAUUUUCUGUAACAGCUUGUCUUCUCUCUUUUCCUUUAGUAUUUCAUUACAUACAAAAAUUACAAGCUUCUGUACAAGGAGAAGUUGAUUAUUGUAAAAUUAGGGAAAAGGAUAUGUGGCAACAAAUGGUUGAAGUCGAAUUAGCUACAAUAGAUUUAGAAGAGGGAACAUUACAGAAUACUGAAAAAGAUUUUUUGCCUUUGGGAUUUUUUGGAUUGAAUGAAAGAAGGCGAAGGGAGGCAGUAGAUGACUCAUUAUGCUGUACUUGUCAACAAGGGCCACCAGGGCCUGACGGUCCACCAGGAGAGCCAGGAAAGGACGGGGCACCAGGUGAAGGACCUGGACCAGCAGGACCGCCAGGAAAAGAUGCUGAACUACACGAUCGUGUAUUGCCUGUUCCACCACAAUGUCCGUGUCAAGCUCCGCCUGGACCAAUGGGUCCCUCGGGUAAUUUCAAAAAAAAUUGGAAAAUAUUUUUAAAUUUAAAUUUUGAGGGCCGCCUGGAAAUGAUGGUCAGCCAGGAUUGCCAGGAAAAAGUAUAUUAG